AUGGAACUUAAGGAUAGAAACAAAUUGCGGAGUAAAUCCAUUCCGGCCACAGUGACGGCGGCUUCCCGGGCUCCCGUCCUCCUUGCUUUAAAAGAAAAUGCAAUCAGAAAAAGGCGGAUUUGUGUGUAUUUAAAAUGUAUUUUUGCUGCAAUUGGAAUGAUAUUUAUGGUGCUAGAAGGAGAACUCUUCAUAUCGAAAACUAUAGAAAAAAAUACUCUACAGUCGGAUGCCUUGAAAAUGUUGAUCACGAUAUCCACUGCGAUUUUAAUCGUCUUCAUAAUUGUGCAGUAUGGAUAUCAGCGGAAGAUCGAGAGGUUUUCCGGUCGGUCAAGGAGAUUGCGGUGCUGUGGAGGAAUUAUCAUAGAGAUUUUCGUCUGUAUCAUCCAUCCAUAUCCGGGAAGUGGGAAAAUCCCGAAACCGUUACAAACAAUGUCGAAAGAAAGUGCAGAUUUAACACGUGAUUUCGUUUAUCUGGACGCUUAUUUGUCUCUCUUUAUGGUCUUCCGAUUCUACUUGGUUGGACAAUUUCUCUCCGAAUGGCUCGCCUCAAAGCUUUAUUCCAACAGGACGUUGGCGAAACAUCUAGCGUAUCUGACCAAAGUGAGGCUGAAUUCGUCUUUCAUGAUUAAAUAUCUUCUCUAUCUCUACCCCUUCCAGUUCGUGAUAACGAUCCUCUGCCUCGUUCUGGUCGUCAACUCCUUCGCGAUGCAGACAUGCGAGUCCUACACGUUUCCGGGGUCGGAGAUGAGUUCCUUCCUUAACUCCCUUUGGUUGGUCAUGAUCACCUUUCUCACAAUUGGGUACGGUGAUUUCUACCCCGUCAGCUUCUGUGGAAGAUGUGUGUCCGCUGCCACUGGGUUUCUUGGGAUUGGCAUAACAGGUUUUGUCUUCUCCGUGUUUGUGCACCAUUUUGAAAUGAAUCGCAACGAGAAGUAUCUCCUGAAGUUCUCGAAGGAGGAGAAACGAAAACAUAAGAGAAGAGUAGCGGCAGCCAAUGUUAUUAAAUGUUACUAUCGGGCCGCCAGAUGCAAGGAGGAAAAGGCGAAGUACCUGAUCUGGAAAGAGAAGUUCUGGAGGGCAGCCAGUGAGAUGCGAAGAUCGGCCAAGAAAUAUGGAAGCUCCUCCGAUAUUGAUUUAAUUGACAUUCAACAAAUGAUUCAAAGCGUAGAAAAGAGACAAAACGAAAUUCUAUCCAUUCUCUCCGAGUUAGGCAAAAGUGUGAAGUCCGACCAAAAUGCAAAUACAGCUGAGGUUAUAGACAUUGCCUUGUGAUGUUUUGUAUAAUUACUGAUUUAUAGCAGAGGCAAAGGAAGAUAUUUAUAACGACAGGUUAUUUAUUUUAUACCCUGUACAUGAAUACACAUGUACAACCGUUGAUCGUUUUUGCUGUUGAAAAAAUACCACACAAAGUAAUAAGUACAUGUAAUUAUGAAAUCAGAAUUCACUGCAUUGAUAGUACCAGAGCACAAAAUGUAUAAAGUUUCAUUAUAUUGUUUUGAUGUUAAUUUUCCAUAUUUAAUUAUACAGUCAUGUGCAUGUACAAUCGAUUUGACGGGUUUUUAUCGUUUAUAUAUUUACACUAAUAAUUAGUUUUUUUGAUGUGCAUAUUUUAUUGCAACUAUAUAACUCGCAUUUGCAUCAUUUGCAUCAUUUUAGUAACUAUUUUAAUUUUUCUUUUAGUUAUUUAUAUGCAUUUAUUUUUAGAGGAGGGGUAUUAUAAUUGUUUAUUUUUUGUUUGUUUAAAUCUAAAGCUACUUACAGAUCCAUCAACCCACACAAUAAGAAAACUGUUAAACUGAUCGAUAAAUAGUAUAGGACUAACGCGCGAUAGGAUAGAAUUAACGCACGAUAGGAUAGGAUUAAUGCACGAUACCAUAGGAUGAACGCACGAUACGAUAGAAUUGAUACACGAUAGGAUAGGAUAGGAAUAUUUUUUUUCUUUUUAGUUUCACUGCUUAGAUAAACUGAAAUUCAAUUUAUGAAAAUCAUCUGCUUAAUUUAGAGAAUCUUUAUUUAUUCUGAACUUAAAACUACGUUAGCAAAUUAAAGUACACUUUUGCUAAGAACUCAGAAGUUAAAAGGAUUUCUUGGGGGGGGGGGGUCUUAAUUUAUUCACUAAAGUGUGUUUUAAAAUUUAGGGAAAAUAUACGUCGGGAGUUUAGAUCUCAUGGACCCCC